AUGAGAUGGUUCAAUGGUUUGAGGAAAGGUUCUAUUCACAAUUUCGAGGAAUUAAUUCAAGCAUUCGGGGCGCGAUUUAUAUCCUGCAGUAGGGUUCCUCAACCGAUCAAUGCACUAUUGUCUAUGAGGAUGGGAAGCAAGGAAACUCUUCAGUCAUAUGCAAAUAGGUACUGGGAGUUGUACAACGAAAUAGGAGGAGGGAAUAAACAGGUUGGUGUAAGUACAUUUAGGCUCGGGUUGCUAUAUAAGUCAGAAUUGAGGGACUCUUUGACCAUACAUCCUCUUGAGAAUAUGCAUCAACUAAUGAGAAGAAUUGAGGAACAUAAGAGAUUAGAGGAUGAUAGGCUGCAAGGCAAGGGCAAAGCCCUGGCCUCUUCCCAGUACAAUAGAAACUCUCGACCUGAGAGAUACCAGCAAAAAGCUAAAAGGGAGUGCAAGGUACCGAGUCUAAACUUGGCACCACGGCCCGAGGGUGUAAAUGUGACUUUCAAAGAGCCUGUCUAUAAGAUUCUUGAGCGUAUUAAAAAUAAGUCAUACUUUCGAUGGCCAGGGAAGAUGGGUGGGGACCCGGCCAAAAGGAAUCAAAGUCUACACUGCACUUACCAUAGAGAGAAAGGUCACACCACUAAGCAAUGA